AUGGGCCGGCACGUGCCCAGGCCCUCAGCCUCCGCCGGUCGCUCGCCGCGGGUGCGGGGCUGCGGCUAUCAGAAGACAUUUGAGCACCACUCAGCGUACGUCCAGAAAGGCUCCUGGCUGGGUUUCAGCCAGGUGCAGCUCGUUGCAGCUCAGCGCAGAGCAGCGGUCAUGGCAGAGGGGCUACGGGUGGCGUACCCACCUUUGGAGCACAUGCUCGCUGGGGACCCGCGCCUGUCGCGCGCCGACCUGCAGCACCUGCAGGACUGGCUGGCCAAGCAACCGCACCUCCCGCCUAUGCUAGAUGAGGAGUUGGCGCCGUUCCUGGCAUGCAGCGAGUACAGCCUGCAGCGCGCCAAGCAACUGCUCGACAAGUUCUGGACGAUGCGAACCCACGCGCCCGAGCUGUUCAGCGGGCGGGACCCGGAGGACGCCGACAACCGCGAGCAGCUCCAGGCCUUCCGCGUGGCGCGCCUGCCGCGGUGCGCGCCGGGCGGGCAGCGCGUGGUGGUGCUGGGCUACGCGCCGGCCGCCGCCUUCGACCCCGGGCGCUUCGACGGCGCGCGCUCGCUGCGCCUGUCCACGGCGCUCAUGGAGGUGGUGGGGCUGCAGGAGGCGCAGGCGCCCGCCGGCCGUGCGCCGCUCGUCCUGCUGCUGGACGCGCUCCACGUGUCGCUGGCGCACCUCGCGCGCACGCCGCUGCCAGCGCUGCAGCGCCUCAUGGCCUUCGUGCAGGAGGCCGCGCCGCUGCGCAUCAGUGCCGUGCACGUGAUCCGCCUGGGCGCUGUCGGCCACCGCGCCCUCGCCCUGGUGCGCCCGCUCAUGAGCCCCGAGCUGCAGCGCAUGACUCACUUCCACUCGGGAGACAUGGCAGAGUUCUAUGAGGAGUUCCCCAAGGACAUCCUUCCAGAGGAGUUCGGAGGUACCUGCGGUACCAUCGCAGAAUACCACGGUGCGCUGGUGCGCGAGCUGUGCGCGCGGCGCGAGUGGCUGCUGGCGCAAGAGGCGCGGCGCGUGGACGAGGGCCGACGGCCGCCCGGCGCCUCCUCGCCGCUGCAGGGCGCCUACGCGCAGCUCUUCGGCGCCCACGGCUCCUUCCGACAGCUGCAGAUCGACUGACCGCAUCCAACUCCAACCUCUUACCAUUUCUUGCAUUGCAACGCAUUACACUCCGUUUCUUAUCACUACUUUGGUACCAGUGUUAAAACCAGCGUACAGGAGUUGCGUAAUUUAAGCUUCAAGUUGAAAUAUUGAGUUGAUUUUGAGCGAAAUAAAAAUUCUAUUUUUGUUUUUUGUUUUGCUUUGUGCUCCCUUCUAUUUGAUUCACAGGUUCUAAUCCAGGUUUCCUACCACUUGUAUUAGCAGGAAGAAGCAAGGGAAAGAGUACGCAGAAGAUGAUGUUUCGUUUGUAAGUUAAAUACUUGGGUUUGAGUCACUAUGAAAGAUUUGUAAAAUCUACUUCCACUUUGCUGGGCUUUAUUGUAAAACAGUUAACUUCAGUUCUGAAUAUUAUUACGGUUAAAUCAUUCUAGAAAUUAAAAAUAAUACAAUUAAUUAUAAAA